AUGCUGCACCUACUGCUGGAACUCCUUGUGAGCAUCGCACUCUGCGCCGCGCUGGGGUACUUUGCAUUCCUGAACCUGCCGGUGGAGUCGGAGGAACCGGGUUUGACGGCAGCAGAGUCAGCGGGUGACGGGUUCUCCGCAAUGGCGGGGGCCGGUCACCCUGGAGCCGUCAGCGACGGGGCAGAGCACUGCCAUGCUUACCACCCGCUCCUUCCACCGCAGGAACUGCCCCUCUACACGUUGAUCACUUGUUGUGUCUCUCUGGCGGAGGACACGAUGCUCGGCGUUGCCUACCGCUGGAUUCUCAUCAACGGACUUCACUAUAGCCCUCGCGAGGUGUACGGCAAGCGCCGACUGCGCGAGCGGGGCUACUACUACUCCAGCGACGCGAGUGGGCCAAUCAGUGGAAAGGAGGUCGACUAUAGUGUGAGUGGCGCUGGCACACGCGUCGGUGAGCACUCCUCAUCUGCGGCCGCUGCCCCGCUCUCCUCGGCGGGUAGUGCCACGGCUGCCAGCGUUGACUCCUCUCGUCGCUUUCGUCGCCGUCUACGCCGCGGCGCGGCUGCAGCUGCGGCGGUCCCGCCAACCCCGCUGCGGAAGGAGAGCGCGUAUUGGGUGAACGUGCUCCUCCGCUGUGCUGCCUUUCUGUGCCUCGGCGGUGGCACAACGAAGCCGGAGGUGUGGACGGACCGCCUCCUCUACGACGCAGAGAAACUGUUGGACAGCGUGAACGCGGGCUACGAGAACCGCAUGCGGGCACGUGAGGCGCAGGCCUGUGCCGCGGCGCCCCAAUCCGCAAGCGCUACCCAAUUAUCGCCGCUGCUGGGCCGAACCUCGUCACAAUCUGCUGCAUCGCUGCUUACAGCACCUCGCAAGCCGCUCCUGCGUAUCCAGUUGCUAGAGCUAGGUUCAGGGCUCCUUGGGUGCGCGCCCCGUGAAGUCCGCCGCCCCGCAUUGAACUUCCAGCACGGAGCUGGUGAUGCCUCCGGAUGCUCCGCCAUACCGACAAGAGCAGCACCGCCAGCCAGACGUGCAGCGACUGCUGCUACUCCCGGUUCACCUGGUUUGGUUACAUCAGCAACUGGUUUUGGCUACCACCAUCAGCAGGUGGGCGUGCGCACCGCCCUCGACACCACCAGCACCCUCCUCGCGUCAUCUGUAGCGAAUCUCAGCACCGCAACCACCGAUACGAUUUCUUCUGGGACGACGCGCGGCCCUGCCAGGGCCGCGCGUCUCGGCGAUGCGGUGGCGGGUGUCUCUAUUGCAGACUACACCCCCAGCUGCCCCUUGCACGCCGUUGGAGGUGGCGGCGCCAGCAAUGCAGGCGCUCAGCAUGGUGUUGUUCUCCCCCGUGUGGAGGGAGAUGUCAUCUCCGUGGAGCAGCCCUACAGCGACAGCCGUCACAUGAUGCCACCCACUCUUGCCGCGCCAGCCUCACAGCUGUCCUUGCGGCGGUCCUUUGCGCUCCCACAGGCACCAGUGACAUCCCCACUCCGCUGCUUCGCGGUACCCCUGCUCUACGAAGAUCAGCGGUUUCACGUGCGUCUUGGCUGCUGCCUCCCCCUCGGAGCUCUCCUCCCCGUCUCUCUGUGCGUGCCGCCGGACGUCCUCACACUGAACUGCUCCGUUGCUGUGCGUCGCGUCAUCUUUACCGGCCACCUCUAUGCCGCAUUCCAUGGGGCACGCGUGGAGCUGAGCUUCCCUACAGCGCCGCUCUUUACUGCAAUGGUGAAGGCGAUGCCCGACACCAACGGGGGCGUGUCGGCAUCGGAGGUCAGUGGUCACCACGGCGGCUGGAGCAUGCGUGCCAGCGGUGGUGGUGGCGGCGACGUUCACUCGGGAGCGGCGGCGGCGACGGCUUUCACCGCAAUCCACACGUCACGCAAUGAAGCGACUGCCGUCCAUGGCACCAGCAUUGAGGAAGGACGUGACUCGUACAGCGCAGCCGCACGUCCGCCACUUCACCUGCGGUCCGGGAUGUACAGUAGCGGCAGUGGCGGCGGUGGCAGCGCAUCAACGAGCGGAUCGUGCAUGAAUGAGUCCAAUGAAAAGGUUCAGGAAGUUGUGCUGCUGGCGGUGCGCCGCCUCAUCCAGUCUCUAACGUACCCCCAAGUGCUGGUGGGGGAACUUGUGUGCCGCCGCCCUUCCGGGGAUUGUGGGACUGCGGAUGGCGGGGCAGAGAAGCAGCUGCAGCUGAAGUGGACUCGACAGACAGCCGUGCUGCCACUGCGCAUAUGA